AUGAAAUUUAUGAUGGAAGAAACAAAAGAAUUGUACGAAGUCCUUGGACUUCCUGUCGAUGCUACUUCUGCACAAAUUAAAGAUGCAUAUUACAGACUCUCAAAGCUCUUUCACCCGGAUAGACACAAUGUUGAACAAAAAACAAUUGCAGAACAAAAGUUCCAGCGCGUACAGACCGCUUAUGAAGUUCUUUCAGACCCGAUAAAGCGCCAGAUUUAUGAUAAAUACGGCAUGAAAGGACUAAAGGUUGACUGGGAUAUUGGUCCUCUUGGACAGUCAGCUGAAGAACUGCAGCAAGCUAUCCGUGAACAACUUCAAGCUAAAGAGUCUCAGAGCUUGGACUCCUUAAUUCAAAAUAGAACUGAGACAAAUGUUAUGAUUAACGCUACCCCUUUAUUCGCAAAAAAUUUGCGUGUCCGUAAUCCAUUGGCAUUAGGCAUGGCUUCGACCAGAGAACUGACAUUACUCGAACGUUUCUCUUUGGUGCAAUGGAUAUCAUAUCAUUUAAAGAGUUCAUUUAGUAUUCCCUUGAACACUUCCAAAAAUUUAAAAAUUCCUAUUCCGAAAUUUUUUCAAGGCUCUUCUGAAGAUGAUGAAUUUUCCGAUCAUCUAGAUGAAAGUGAGGCUGUAAAUGGCUCAACGCGUCUUAUUUUUAUUUCCGAAGCAUCCGCAAAAAUAGGAGCUAGGGCCCAGCCUUCUCUUUCCGCCGUUCUCCGACAUCAACUGUCUCCUAGCCUAAGCACGGAAACAGGAUUAUCCCUUUUACGCCCAGGAAUUGCUACUCUCAAAGCUGUAUAUGCUCUGAACAAUGAAACGUUUAUUAUUCCUAUGGUUCGCAUGGCUUCCUACAAGCGUCCACCCCAGGCUACCAUCGUGAUUGGCCGUCAAAUCUCUCGAUACGGCACGCUUUCUAUACGCUGGAAAACCGGUAGUUGGUCUCUAGGUAAUUGGGGAGCUGCGUAUCCUUCAAACAACGCAUCUUCUUUUUCCAUAAUCUGGCAACAACUCAAGCCUUCACCAGAUGAUCCUUUCCCACUUUUGAAAUGGAACGCUGAACUGACAGCUGGACUAAUGUAUAGCGGGAUUGCUUGCAAUUACAAUCUCAAAACCGUAGGUCCAUAUCAAAUGCAAUGUGGUACAUCCCUCAGUACUGUGGGAGGUUUACAAGUUACUGCAGACGCGAAUCGAAAAGUUUUCCGUCAUAGCGCCAUGGGUAUGACUAUGGCUGUUGCUGUUCCGUCUGGUGCCAUCACUUUGAACAUUAGUUGGUCUAGAUUGGGCCAAAAGUUUUCUUUCCCUAUUAUGUGGAGCGGCGCGUUUGACAGAUCGUCGAUAUUUUGGGGAUUGGUUUUACCAAUUGGCACAGUUUUAGGCAUUGAUAAUCUUUUCCUACGCCCCAGACGUAUAUCUGAGGCUAAGCGCAAGAGAGCUCGUCGUCUGCAACAACAUAAAAAAAUACAUGACACAAAGAAAGAAGAGGCCGAGCAAACAGUUACGUUAAUGAGAGAACUUGUGCAGAAAAAGCAAAAAGUGGAAACCGAAAAAGGCGGUCUCAUUAUCGAAUUUGCAGAAUACAGAACUAUUCCCAAAAAUUCAGUCUUGACUAGACGAAAAGAGCAGGUCAUAAGACAAGAUGUUACCAUACCAAUUGCUUCUCUGGUCGACGAUUCUCGUUUAGUUAUCCCUUCCAGUGUUUCCAAAUCUUCAAUUAUUGGAAUUUACCCUCUAUUUUCCGAUGCUGAUAAAGAAUUGCUGAUUAUUUAUAAAUUUCAUCAGCAGUCUCAUCAUGUUUUGUUACGAGAAAAACAAGGGGUUCUUUUGCCUAAUCGAGAACACAAGUUGUUACAAUAA